AUGAAGUAUGGCGCGACUCUUCGCCAGCACUCAAUCCCUGCAUGGGCGCAUCGUGAGCAACUACAGUCUCAAUCGCAUCUUGCACUCACUGACCCGACAGACAACAUCGACUACGACGAUGUGAAGCACUACAUCAAGGAGAACACCACCGCGGGAAACGGAAACAGCAUCUCAAUUCCUGGAGCUGUCGACGUGCGAGGCAAAGAACUCGAGGAUAACCUCUUUGGCAUCUUGCAACAACAGCACCAGAGAAUCAGCCUGUUCGUAAGAAGCAAGACAGGCGAAAUCGAAAGGCGGCUGGACCACCUUCGCAAGCAGACCACGUCCCUGACGUCCAGACCUACCGUCAAUGGCCGCAUUCCCGCCAAGCGCCUCGAGAAAUAUGGAAGACUCGAGGGGGAUAUUCUCAAAGCUGGGGACGAGUUGCAAUGCCUUUCUCGCUUCUCAAAGGCCCAGCAGACGGCCUUCCGCAAGCUGUUGAAGAAGCACAAGAAGUGGACCGGUUCCCUGGAACUCGAGACCGAAUUCAAUAGACACGUUCUCGGCGACCCUAACAGCUUCACAAACAUCGAUAUGGAUCCGCUGUACACCGAGUACGAAGAAACACUCUCGGUCCUACGAACAUUGUAUCACGAACACAUAAGCGGGACGUCACGCAAGCGUGAGGAGCCAGCCGAAGUCCAAGGUGGAUCAACACAACUCCGCUCAAUUAUCGAUAGACAAUCGCCGGUUGAAUUCGACUCAUACUUCUCCACACUACCACUCGGACGCGAUGGCAAGAAUGCUGUGUAUUGGGUCCACCCUGACAACAUUGUGGAACUGCAGAUACUGUUAUUGCAACAUGCUCGCUCAUUCGCAACGACUCGCAUACAAUCUCCAAGCACAUCUUCGCCCGCUCUGUCUCGUCACAACAGUAUCACAUCUUCAAUGGUCAGAAGGAGCAGCAUCGCUGCAGAGGCCGAUACAACCGUUAUCGUUGCCGAUGACCUAGAAAGUUUUGUUGCUCACCAAAGCUCGUCCACAUUUGAGCAACGCGAAGAGAAGGCGAGUGGCUUGCUUCAGGAAGCUGCUGUUCACGCAAGAUGGGCAAAAGGAUACGACGCUGUUGUGACGGCACGCCUUAACAGCCAGGAGAUCCAAACAGUCUCGAUCAAGCGUAAGAACAUCUCCGCCAUUCUCGAACCAUCCACUACAUCCCUACUCAAGACGACUCCUGGGGACAAGGCCACCGACGCUGUUGAAAGGAUACGCGCUUGGGUUGGCCAACAUGAGGCCAUCAAGCCUCUCACUACCAUUGCUUCGAACAGAACUCGCUUUGCAGAAACCGCUACUGAUUCGAGCGGGUUCAUUCUCGCCACUCUAGACAAAGGCAUUCGUAUGAGAAAAGCCGAGCUUUUGACCACUACCCUCGAAGAUACAUUUUCACACAACCUGGACCCCGAGUUCCCCUUUGCCGUCCUCCGCGUUCGACAAGAAGGCUUCAAGAACAGCACACUUCUCAGGGUCUUGGAUCAAAGUCACCUCGUUGAACGCGUGCGUGGCUUCUCGCUGGAAUAUCACGCAGUGUGGUACUGCUGUCAACCUGAGAAUGUGGUUCCGCCUUUCUGGGUACCUUUGAUGCAAAAAGACAUUCGCAAAGUUCCUACAGCAGCGAGCCGACGCAGAGCUUAUAACAACGAUUCUAGCUACGGCUCGCAAUCUACUACGCCUCAAAUGUCGACCUCUAACGGAUCAGUUGGUGAGCACACUGGUGACCUGACCGCCGUAGAAGAUCACUCGCCCGUCAGAAUCAAGAUUCCCGAUCAACUCCAGACUCCUCCGCUCAGCGCUUUCCGCAAGAAGCGCAAGUCGGCAUACGAGAGAGCUGGCAGCGCCUUGCCAAAGCAACAAUACUGGAAUGAGUUCGACAACCCGUCUGACUCUGAUGACGAGGGCGCCUACGUCUUGUACAUCGAUCCUAACGAGGUGUCAUCUGCUACCAAGGCUUGGCGCCGUAUCCGCAGUCUCUGGUCUCCUAAGAAAGUGUCUGACCAGGAGUCCCUGCUCGGUCAUGGCAGUACUGGCGAGCCCGACGACACGCUCACCUCUUCUGACGAGGAGACUGCAACACCAAGGCGCACCCAACGUCGAUCCUACGGCACCCUUGGUCAUUCUACCAACCACGUGGCUCCAUACGAUACUCAGAUACAACAACAAUCUGAUUGGGUGCCACAACUCGCUGCAACAUGCCUAGUCGCAUCUGUCCUCUUGCUCUGUAUCGGCUACAUAUUAGUAGCUACAGGCAAGAGGAAGCUGGCUUCGGAGGUUGAUGCAGGAGUCAUUCUGGCAGUGGCUUCAAGUCUCGCCUUUGCCGUGUCGGGGGUUGGGGCCGUGUUCAGCAGAGGCACGCCCCGCUGGCCAAUCGCAACUUUGGUCAUUGGCACUUUGGUUGUAGAUGUCGCAGCAGCAAGUACCCUGCUAGCUUGGGCAUUCGGCUAA